UGUCUUCAAUCAGCUGCAAGAUAUUUCUUUUCGUUUAUAUUUUUAUCUCAUUAAAAGUUCUUCCCCUUCAACAAUGGACAAUAAUUGACCAAUUUCUCAACUCCUUCAGAUUCAUUGACUCGGUUCCCAGCCUCCAUUUUUCUCCCUUCGUAGUCUUCGAUCCCCAUUUCCAUAAAUCCAGAGAACUUCGCUUCCCUGCAACCCUCCAUCUCCAACCCUUUCCGAAGUUCUUUUUGAAUUUCUGUUCCUACCCAUUUCCUCUUUUUUCAAGAUUCAGCAGAAAUCAGAUUCUUACUACCAAUUUUCCAUCUGGGGUUCUCUUGUUUUCGAGUUUCUGAUCUUCAAUUUCAGUGGGGGAUCGUUGAUUUUAUCUGAAAUGGGCAUCUGCACGAGCAAAGGCAAAUACUCACCGCAGUAUGAUCGGUAUGAACAACAACCAAAAGCCCCAGCUCAACACGCUCACCGGUCGCCGGAAAAUCACCACUCGGCGGCGGCGGCGGCGGCGAAGGCGAAGUCAUCCGGUCCUCCCAAAAGCCCCAAACACGCUGCCUUCAGGUCUGAUACGAUUCUUGGGAAGCCAUUAGAGGAUGUUAAGCUGCAUUACACAAUUGGGAAAGAAUUGGGAAGAGGGCAAUUUGGGGUUACUUAUCUCUGCACUGAGAAUUCCUCUGGUAAGCAAUAUGCUUGCAAAUCAAUUUCGAAGAGGAAGCUUGUGACCAGAAAUGAUAAGGAGGAUAUUAAGAGGGAGAUUCACAUUAUGCAGCAUUUGAGUGGGCAACCCAACAUAGUCGAGUUCAAGGGAGCUUAUGAAGAUAAGCAAUCGGUUCAUUUGAUCAUGGAGCUUUGCGCUGGAGGCGAGUUGUUUGAUAGAAUUAUCGCAAAGGGUCAUUACAGUGAGAAAGCAGCUGCCUCAAUCUGCAGGUCUAUUGUUAAUGUGGUUCACAUCUGUCAUUUCAUGGGGGUGAUGCACAGGGACCUCAAGCCUGAGAACUUUCUGCUUGCUAGCAAAGAGGAAGAUGCUAUGCUCAAAGCAACAGAUUUUGGAUUGUCUGUUUUCAUUGAAGAGGGAAAGGUGUACAGAGACAUAGUAGGAAGUGCUUAUUAUGUUGCCCCUGAGGUAUUACGUCGUAAAUAUGGGAAAGAAAUCGAUAUUUGGAGUGCUGGGGUCAUGUUGUACAUAUUACUCAGUGGUGUACCUCCAUUUUGGGCAGAAACUGAGAAGGGCAUAUUUGAUGCAAUAUUGCAAGGACAUAUUGACUUUGAAAGUGAUCCAUGGCCACAAAUUUCCAAGAGUGCCAAGGAUCUAGUGAAGAAAAUGUUAACUCAGGACCCAGCAAACCGGAUUACAUCAGCGCAGGUUCUCGAGCAUCCGUGGAUGAGAGAAGGUGGAGAUGCAUCAGAUAAGCCAAUAGACAGUGCAGUAUUUACAAGACUCAAGCAAUUUAGAGCAAUGAACAAACUGAAGAAACUUGCCCUGAAGGUUAUAGCUGAAAAUCUUUCUGAGGAAGAGAUCCAAGGCCUGAAAGCAAUGUUCACAAACAUGGACACCGACAAAAGUGGAACCAUCACUUAUGCAGAAUUGAAGUCUGGACUGGCCCGGCUUGGCUCAACACUAAGUGAGGCUGAGGUCAAACAACUUAUGGAAGCGGCCGAUGUGGAUGGAAAUGGUACGAUUGAUUACAUUGAAUUCAUCACUGCUACGAUGCAUAGAUACAAGCUAGAAAAAGAAGAGCAUCUUUACAAAGCCUUUCAGCAUUUUGACAAGGACAACAGUGGUUAUAUCACAAGAGAUGAGCUAAAAGCUGCAAUGAAAGAUUAUGGAAUGGGUGAUGAAGAGACUAUUAGAGAAAUCAUUUCUGAAGUUGAUGCAGACAACGAUGGAAGAAUCAACUAUGAUGAGUUCUGUUCAAUGAUGAGAAGUGGAACCCAACAAGCCAAAUGCUUUAAACCUGUAGAAUGAUACAGAAGAUCAUCAAAGGGAUCAUCUACAGCAGAAUUGCUAUUAAGAAGCUUGCCCAUCGACAGCGAAAUAUCAAGACUACACCUAAAAUAUUGGUUUCAGGUUUUAAUGUGAUAUUUUUGCAUAGCAAUUGAAUUGUUGUUUAUAUUUUUCUGUAUAAUUUGUUGCCCUGUGUAAACCAUGCUUAUGUUUAAGGAUAGUUGCUUGGACGGGAGAAUUUGUAUUUGCCUAAAUAUACUUGUUUACUUGAGUAUUUAAUUAUGUCCACUUGAUCUUGACUCUUUUUGGGCAAAAAAGAUGAUGACUUUGCCUAGGAUUGACUGAUUUAA